AUGGCUUCUCCUCCCCCCUCGCCAUCCUUCCAAUCCGCCCUCCUCGCCGGCGCCCUCGCGGGCACCACCGUCGACCUCUCCCUCUUCCCCCUCGACACCCUCAAGACCCGCCUCCAGUCCUCGGCCGGCUUCUUCCCCUCGGGCGGCUUCUCCGGCAUCUACCGCGGCAUCGGCUCCGCCCUCGUCGGCUCCGCCCCCGGCGCGGCCUUCUUCUUCUGCACCAGCAGUCAACGCAUGGGUCCCCGCGGAUAUCCUGACGCACAUGCUCGCCUCCUCGCUCGGCGAAAUCGCAGCCUGCUCCGUCCGCGUGCCCACAGAGGUCGUCAAGCAGCGCGCCCAGGCCGGCCACCACGGGGGCUCCUCCGCCCGCGCGCUCGCCCACAUUCUGAGUUCCGGAUCGGGAUCGGCCCGGGCGGCCUGCCCGCCGUCUGGCGCGAGCUCUACCGCGGCUGGGGCAUCACCGUCUUCCGCGAGGUGCCCUUCACCGUCAUCCAGUUCCCGCUGUGGGAGGCCAUGAAGGCGUGGGGCCGGAGGAGGCGCGGCGGCGGCGGCGACGUUUCGGCCGGGGAGAGCGCGCUGUACGGGAGUCUGGCUGGGGGCGUGGCUGCGGCGGCGACGACGCCGUUGGACGUGCUCAAGACGAGGGUCAUGCUUUCCAAGGAGAGGGUUUCCGUGGCGGAUGUGUUUCGACGCAUGGCGAGGGAAGAAGGUGUGCGGCCCUUCUUUGCGGGCAUUGCGCCGCGGGUGACGUGGAUAUCCAUCGGCGGUGCGAUAUUCCUGGGGAGUUACCAGUGGGUGAUCAACACCAUGAACAGCAUGCAUGUAAACUCAUGA